GAGUUUUGUAUUUAGAAAUGAGGUAAAAAAUUAGGACUAAUCAACAGUUGAGUCUUCCACAAGUCUUCUUUUUCUCGUAUUAUCUCUCAAGAAAUGCAACUGACAUAGAUCUUCAGUUCACAACUCGAUUACCAUACUCUACCCUGUCCACCCCCCUCCUCUCCCACCAAAGCACCACAUAUGGCGACGGAGCAGUCCGUUAUGGCGGUGAUUAGGGCGGCGCGACCGACUUUCCGGAAUCGCCACGAUAAAGUGGCGUUUGCCGUCCAUUCUUGUUUCCUCUCAGCCGGAUACAUCCUUCACUCAGCCGGUCCCACGGCCUUUGAAAACGACGUCCUCUCCUCCGCCUCAACCGAUGAGGUGGGACUUGAGAAUUGGAACGAAGAUGAAGAUAAUUAUGCAUUUGUAUAUUCUAAUCCCGACAAGGGUUCACAGAAAGUUCUGGUGAAGUGUUUAGUAAUGAAUGAUAAAUUACUUGUUGAUGCUUUGAAAGCAGGCGAUUCUGAGCCUCUCCAUCUUGAAAUCAAUGUUAGUGACUAUGCCGAAGAGAAUGCUACCGCAAAUUACAGUUCGCAGUUCAAGAAUUUGAGGAAGCUGGUAGCAGAUGUUAAUAAAGAAAUAUUGGCUAAACUAGAUGGCUCGGCUGCAAGUUCAUCUGCUCAACCAUCAAGUUCUGAUGAUGGGUUGAGAGACGAUAGAGACCAAUCUAGCAUGGGAGUUACUGACCCCAGCAAUCCUUAUGUUUUUCCUCAUCCUUCAGGAGUGAUUGUUCCUCCGCUUCCUGGUUCUGGCAGCAGUGAUCUCUUUCCUGGGCCUGGUGCUGGAAUGUAUCCAACAAGGGGUGAUUUUGAUGGUGGAAGCAUGCUCGUAGGGCCACAUGAUCCCAGGUUUUUUGGAGGAAAUAGAGAUGGUGUGCCUGGUUUGCCUGGAGUUCAACCGGGUGUUCCACCUGGUGCCCGUUUUGAUCCUUUUGGUCCCCCAGAUGUUCCAGGUUUUGAGCCCGGUCGUUUUGUUAGAAACCCAAGGAGGCCUGGUUCUGGGACACAUCCAGAUCUGGAGCAUUUUGGCAGCGGCUCAGAUUUUAUUUAGAAUUGUUCUGAGGAAGAUACGUCAUUUACCUCUAAUUUUCCUUGGUGGUUGAAUAGAUUUUUGGAUUAUGAAUUUCUGAACUAUGUAUAAUGGCUGAAUUCUUGCAUAUAAAUUGGGUUUUCUCUUUAAUAAAUGCAAGUUUGUGUUUCC